AUGGGUGCAAGCGGUGUUGGGAAAUCUCAGUAUAUUGAUGCGGUUGAUAGCGCUGCAAACAAGGUUUCAAAUACGCUUCAAAUGAUACGUCGAUCUGGUGGCUUGGAUUUUAAUGUACCGAGUCAGGUGACGAUGAGUGAUAGCAGUCUCUAUCCGUCUAAAUUGAAAAAGAAGAAUGAUAGUGCCAAUGAUAAUGCCUGUAGAAGCGUAUCGAAACCGUUGAAACCGGAGCAAGUGUUCACUCAUGCAGCGCUUAUGAUUGCUCUUGGUGAGCGUUCGCUGUUAUUGAUCAGUCAUGAGGGUGAAUCUUGCAUGAAAGAAAUCGAAUUUUUCAAUUUCACGAACACAAAAGGCGAUGGACCUCAUGGAACGAUGAUACAGGGAUUCGACGGUUUCAAAGAUUAUUCAAAAGAGACCAAAAACUAUAAUGUGGCUAUCGAGAAUAAAAUCAUCACGGUGCUCGUCGCUUCUACAGGGAAAAAGUGGAAUGAGUUGCUGCAAUAUUAUAAUUCGAAUACAGCUGCCGGAGGCUUUUACGAACGUUUUAUGGUGGUUGUCGUUGAUGAUGCGGUGCGUCGUGAGCGUUUUCAGGCGUUGGAGUCGCUGGAGGACAUGAAUACGAGCCUUAUGGAAAAGUUUCUGGCUGAGGGCGUUGUGAAGAGAGCUGAUGAAAAGCAAUUUUCAAUAGCUCAGUUGUUUAUGGUUCGUUACUGUCUUGGUUUUCGAUACUAUAAAAAAUCAAUGGAGGCGUACAUAUUGCUUGGACAAAUAUCCGAAUGA